CAGUGAUAAUACCUGGUAUUACUUCCCCAGUGCUCUGGUUAAUAUUUACCUGUGCUAAACUGUUUAAAUAACUGUAGAUGCCUGGGUCACAAUUUUUGCUUUUACUAGCAGAGCGCAGUGUAUUUGAUGCGGUCUGAGACAUUUCCUGAAGAAACAGGAACAGUCACUCUAUUGAGGUCAAACCCUUAAGAAAGGUUCUUCUGCAAUUUUCAUUUUUGUCUUAGCUUCUUGAAAAUGGCGGGUGUAAGCAGCUGCAUGAAGUACUCCAUGUUCAUCUUCAACUUCUUAUUCUGGGUGUGUGGUUCAGUUAUUUUGGGCGUCUCUAUAUGGAUACGUGUUAGCAAAGAUGCUCAGGAGGAGUUGGGCAUAGACAGCAGCCUGUUUGCAGGGGUUGAUCUGCUGAUAGCUGUGGGCUCCAUCAUUAUGGUCCUUGGGUUUCUGGGGUGCUGUGGUGCCAUCAAGGAAAGUCGGUGCAUGCUGCUCUUGUUUUUUAUUGGACUGCUGCUGAUCUUGAUCCUUCAGGUUACAGGAGGUAUCUUAGGAGCAGUAUACAGAUCUCAGAUUGAAACAUCCCUUAACACGACUUUAAAGGACAGUGUUAAUUUAUUGAAAAAAAAUACAGAAGAAGCAAAGCAAUUUCAAGAGACCUUCCAGAAGUUUCAGACAGAGAACAAGUGCUGCGGUUUGUUGAAUGGGGCUGCAGAUUGGGGAAGCAAUUUUGAUACACCUAUUGGUGGCAGUCAAGUCUGUGGAUGUGACCCAAAAGGCGAAGAAGCAAACCUCUGCACCUCUUAUAACAGGAAAUAUGUUUAUAAAACGGUUUGUAAGAGAAGUGAUCAUCAAAUACGUUCAAGACCAUAUGCUCAUAAUUAUGGGGAUCGCAUUUGGACUGGCAGUUAUUGAGAUUCUUGGUUUGGGGUUUUCUAUGAGCCUCUACUGCCAGAUCCAGAGAAAAUGAAACUGUGGAAGUGUCAGAACAAUGUCAACGGCCAAAUCAAAACCUUUGUAGAUAGAUGGAUAUUUGGUUUGGCACCUUCAGAUAAAUAUACGCAUGUCCCAGGCAGCUGUUCUGAUGAAAACAGCACCUCCUGUGCACACAGAUACUUCACAAUUUGCAAAAAGACCUCCUUAUACUUUGUAGGAUUUAAUGAUGUGAAUGUGAAUUUUAUUUGCAAUAAACGUCUUUGUUUGUGUUUCUGA